AUGAGUUCCUCGCCAGAGACUGAAAGCGGGGCUGAUUCAAUGGACAGUGGACCAGAGAAUGAGCUUGAAGCACUUCUGACUGGAUGCCAGGAAGAUUCUCAACCCAGUACCAGUCAGCAAAAGGUCGAUGAUGCACUCUCAACAUUUGUUGUUGAAGAUCUCGAAAAGAAAAUUCGCGAAAGUUUUCGUUCAAGGAGUGAAGGAGAAUGUACUCCCGAUCCAAAGCUCAUCAACGACCUUGAACAACACGCUAAAUCGAUAGCCGCCAAUUUUGACGUGGUCUUACGAGAUCUACGGGGACGAUUGCAUGGAAUGUCAGAUGUGACUUUAGAAAGCUCGCAAUGCUUUCAAUCGGCGAUUGCUAGUGCCUGCGAUGUGGCUGAUGGUAAUAUCAAGACAACAUAUGCGACGUUGGCCAAAGUGGAAGAAGUGAACGAGUCACUGAAGGGAAUUCAGAAAUUGGCCACACAAAUAAAAGAGAUGCGUCGAAUGGUUGAGAUGUUCGAGAAGUUCUUCCAGAGCUCUCUU